UUUUUUUUUUCCAGUCAUCUGGUCAAGAAAGAUCUGUUUUCCUCUUUGCAUAUUUAAAGACAUUUAGCUUGCAUGAUUCUGCCUAUGUUCAGAAGGCAAUCUCACAUCCAUGUUAAAGCUUCAGUUAAGACUCAUUUCUGGAGCUAUAAGCCCAUUCAAAACCCCCACAAAGAAAGCAUUUGGCCUGCUCUUUUUCUUGUUAGCUGCUCCGGCAGUGGCUUGGGCACUCGCAGGGCCACGGGGAAUGCUGAGUUUAAGCCUUGGAAGCUCUUUGUCCGUCGAGAAGGAAAGUGACUUCUUGGUUUCAUCAAACGGGUCAUUCUCCAGUGGAUUUUACAAGGUGGGAAAAAAUGCAUUUUGCUAUUCAAUCUGGUUCACUAAUUCUGCUAACAAAACAGUUGCGUGGAUGGCCAACAGAGACAAGCCAGUUAACGGGAAGCGCUCUAAACUUACCCUUCAUAGAAAUGGCAAUCUGGUGUUGACUGAUGCAGAUUCUUUGAUCGUGUGGUCGACCAACACAGUCUCAGUUGAGUAUGUGGAAGCUAGGCUUCUUGAAACGGGAAAUCUGGUACUGAUCAACCAAGCAGAGGAGGUGAUUUGGGAAAGCUUUGAUUAUCCCACAGAAACGCUCCUUCCAACACAGCCCUUUAACAAGAACACAACCUUGGUCUCGAUGAGGGGUAAAAGUACGUACUUAUCUGGAUUCUUUAACUUCAAAUUCGACGAUAAUAAUGUCUUAAAUCUCAUCUAUGAUGGGCCUCUGGUUUCAAGUGUCUAUUGGCCAAAUUCUGCUUUCACUGUGUUUGUCAAUGGCAGAACACCUUACAAUAGCUCUAGGGUAGCAACUCUAAAUAAACAAGGGAGGUUCAGUUCAAGUGAUAACUUGAGAUUCGAUGCAUCUAAUUAUGGGCUUGGUCCUAAACGGCGGUUAACUUUGGAUUAUGAUGGGAUAUUGAGAUUGUAUAGCCUAGAUGAAUCGACCGGGCUCUGGGAGAUCACAUGGUUUCCUUCUGGUCUAGAUGUUUGUGGGGUCCAUGGGUUGUGUGGAGCGUAUGGUAUUUGCAGCUACAAUCCCUUAGCUUCUUGCAGUUGCCCGUAUGGUUUCUUUAGGGCUGAUUCUUCAGACUGGUCCAAAGGCUGCACGCCUUGGUUCAAUCAAACUUGUAAUCAAGUUGAUCUGGACUUUAUGGAGCUUCAUUAUACAGAUUACUUUGGAUAUGACAUGGAAACAUAUGGCGCAGGAGUAACAUUUGAAGCAUGCAGGAAUGCCUGCCUUAGUGACUGUAAAUGCAAGGGCUUUGGAUAUACACUGAAUGGGCAAGGACAAUGCUAUCCAAAAAUGGAACUCUUAAAUGGAUCUCAAAAGCCAAGUAUCCAAAUUACUAUGCAUUUAAAAGUUCCAAAAGGAAUCAUCUCUCAGGCAGAACUUUCGAAGGUGAAAACAUAUACUGAGUUGAACUGUUCAACUGCAGAUUUGGUGCUUACAAGCGAUAAUACUUCUGUGGAAAAAACCAACACUAACUCGUACAUGAAAUACCUCAUUGGGUUUGUGGGUUCCAUUGCAGUUAUUGAAAUGAUCUGCAUUGGUUUAGGUUGGUGGUAUUUUUUCAGAAAUCAGGUUCAAGAGGAAUUGGGGAACAUGGGUUACAUUGUUCUGGCUAUGGGCUUCAAGCGCUUCACCUUUGCAGAGCUAAAAAAGGCGACUAGGAACUUCAAGCAAGAAAUAGGAAAGGGGGGUUUUGGGAGUGUCUACAGAGGGGUCUUGGAAAAUGACAGGGUUGUUGCUGUGAAAAGGCUGGAAGGCAUUUUGCAAGGAGAGAGAGAAUUCUGGGCAGAGGUGAGCAUCAUAGGAAAAAUCAAUCACAGGAACUUGGUGAAGAUGUUGGGUUUCUGUGCUGAGGGUGUACACAAGAUGUUGGUUUAUGAGUACUUGGAAAAUGGGUCUCUGGAUAAAAUCUUGUUUUCAGAUUCAGCCAGUAGUUUAGGAUGGGAGCAUAGGUAUAACGUUGCCCUUGGGGCUGCAAAGGGCUUGUGUUAUCUUCAUGAAGAGUGCUUGGAGUGGGUUCUACACUGUGACGUAAAACCUCAAAACAUAUUACUAGAUGACCGUCUUGAGCCAAAGGUUGCAGACUUUGGUAUGUCAAAGCUUUUUAAGGACAUCCAAGAGAAGGGCUUCUCCAAGGUUCGCGGCACUAGAGGGUAUUUGGCUCCAGAGUGGAUGAAGAACAUACAAAUCAAUGCAAAGGCAGAUGUUUACAGUUACGGAAUUGUGCUAUUGGAAUUACUGACAGGACGGAGCUCAUGGGGCUUCCAAUUGGAAAGGCCCCAUGAGCAUGAGCUUAACCCCUUGGUUCAAUGGGUUAUGCAGAAGAUGAGAGAGGAAGGGCUUGAGGAAGUAAUAGAUCCUAGAGUGAGCCAGGACUACACCAACUAUAGUGAGAUGCUUGGAGAGAUGAUCAGUGUUGCUCUGCUUUGCAUAGGUGAUGAUCGAGAUGCCAGGCCCUCUAUGAGUAAAAUUGUGGAGCUUCUGAUUGGAAUUGAUGUGCCAAGGAAAGAUGAAGUGAUUACAAAUUAGUAAUAAGAAACCAGCCAGUGGCUGUCUUCAGUUCUACAUUCAUUUGAGGAUAAAAGAAAACUCGUGUAAUUAGUAAAAUGAAGAUAGAAUAUUUUUCUUGUUUCCUUUUUGUCUAAGCCAGCUAUAAGUUGUAAAUUUUCAAAGACCACUGAGGACUCUUUCAUUUUUUUCAUCAAAAUUGAGGGGUUACCUUUUGGUGUUGCAUAUGUUAUAUAUAGCCAGACAUUUUCCAUUUUUUCA